GAUGACUAGGGAAACACACCUUUCUCCAACUGCUUAGAUUGCCAAACCUCGCGUCUUCCUGUACUUAAGGGGGACUUUUGACUCUCUCCAUUGUCUGUCAUUUGCAAUCGAUGUCUCAUUCAAGACCAAGGUCGGGUUAUCAAUCUUUAUUAUAGAUGCCCUGGACAGGGGUGUCUGGAGCCUCCACCGCCGCAGAGAAAUGUCUGGAGACGAAAGUUCCCCUGGGAAGGACUACUGGCAAACGGGCUACUGCAAGAGGGAACUCGAUGCCACCGCAACAGUAUUGGCGAACCGGCAAGAUGAAAGCGAGCAGUCUAGAAAGCGGCUCAUCGAGCAGAGCCGGGAGUUCAAGAAGAACACUCCAGAGGAUUUGCGCAAGCAGGUAGCGCCACUGCUGAAGAGUUUCCAAGGGGAGAUUGAUGCACUGAGUAAAAGAAGCAAAGAAGCUGAGGCAGCCUUCUUGAAUGUCUACAAAAGGUUGAUCGAUGUCCCAGAUCCCGUCCCGGCUCUGGACCUCGGGCAGCAGCUCCAGCUCAAAGUGCAGCGCCUGCACGACAUUGAAACAGAGAACCAGAAACUUAGGGAAACUCUUGAAGAAUACAACAAGGAAUUUGCCGAAGUGAAAAAUCAAGAGGUUACGAUAAAAGCACUUAAAGAGAAAAUCCGAGAAUAUGAACAGACUCUGAAGAACCAAGCCGAGACCAUAGCUCUCGAAAAGGAACAAAAGUUACAAAAUGAUUUUGCAGAAAAGGAGAGAAAGCUGCAGGAGACCCAGAUGUCUACCACCUCAAAGCUGGAAGAGGCGGAACAUAAAGUUCAGACUCUGCAAACAGCCCUGGAAAAAACUCGAACAGAAUUAUUUGACCUGAAAACCAAAUAUGAUGAAGAAAUUACUGCCAAGGCCGACGAAAUUGAAAUGAUCAUGACGGACCUUGAAAGAGCAAACCAGAGGGCAGAGGUGGCUCAGAGAGAGGCGGAGACCUUGAGGGAGCAGCUCUCGUCGGCCAACCACUCUCUCCAGCUGGCCUCGCAGAUCCAGAAGGCGCCGGAUGUGGAGCAGGCCAUAGAGGUGCUGACCCGCUCCAGCCUGGAAGUUGAGUUGGCCGCCAAGGAGCGGGAGAUCGCCCAGCUGGUGGAGGACGUGCAGAGACUCCAGGCCAGCCUCACCAAGCUGCGUGAGAACUCCGCCAGCCAGAUCUCCCAGCUCGAGCAGCAGCUGAGUGCCAAGAACAGCACCCUCAAACAACUGGAAGAAAAACUCAAAGGACAGGCUGACUAUGAAGAGGUGAAGAAAGAACUAAAUAUUCUGAAGUCCAUGGAGUUCGCACCGUCCGAAGGAGCUGGCACCCAGGACGCACCCAGGCCCCUGGAGGUGCUGCUGCUGGAGAAGAACCGCGCGCUGCAGUCCGAGAACGCCGCGCUGCGCAUCUCCAACAGUGACCUGAGCGGUCCAUACAGCACAAACUCCAUAUCUUCCCAAAGUCCAUUACAACAAAGCCCAGAUGUAAAUGGCAUGGCCCCGUCUCCCAGCCAGUCAGAAAGUGCUGGGAGCGUCUCUGAGGGCGAGGAGAUGGACACUGCAGAAAUCGCCCGGCAGGUGAAAGAGCAGCUGAUCAAGCACAACAUCGGACAGCGCAUUUUUGGACACUAUGUCUUGGGACUGUCUCAAGGGUCUGUGAGCGAGAUUCUGGCCCGGCCCAAGCCAUGGAAUAAACUGACGGUUCGCGGCAAGGAGCCCUUUCACAAGAUGAAGCAGUUCCUCUCGGACGAGCAGAACAUCCUGGCUCUUCGCAGCAUCCAAGGCAGACAGAGAGAGAAUCCAGGCCAGAGCCUGAACAGACUAUUUCAGGAAGUACCGAAACGAAGAAAUGGGUCUGAAGGUAACAUCACCACCCGGAUCCGAGCCUCAGAGACCGGGUCUGAUGAAGCAAUCAAGUCCAUCCUGGAACAAGCCAAAAGGGAGCUGCAAGUCCAGAAAACUGCAGAGCCGGCCCAGCCCUCCUCCGCGUCCAGCAGCGGGAACUCCGACGACGCCAUCCGCUCCAUCCUGCAGCAGGCCCGCCGCGAGAUGGAGGCCCAGCAGGCUGCCCUCGACCCCGCCUUAAAGCCAGCACCACUGUCGCAGACUGACAUCGCCAUCCUGACCCCCAAGUUAAUGUCCCCCUCGCCCAUGUCAUCAGUGUCCAGCUACUCGCCGCUCGCCAUCUCCCUGAAGAAGCCCCCCUCGGCUCCCGAGGCCAGCGUCCCCGCUCUGCCCAACCCCCCGGCCCUGAAGAAGGAGUCCCAGGACGCGCCGGGGCCGGACCUCCAGGGGGCGGCCGACGCCGCGCAGGGGGUCCUGCGGCACGUGAAGAGCGAGCUGGGCCGCAGCGGCGUGUGGAAGGACCACUGGUGGAGCGCCGUCCAGCCCGAGAGGAAGAGCAGCGCUCCUCCCGAAGACGCCAAGGCCGAGGAAGCCGGCGGCGGGAAAGACAAAGGAGGGGGCAGCCAGCCGCGGGCCGAGCGCAGCCAGCUCCAGGGCCCCUCCUCGUCCGAGUACUGGAAGGACUGGCCCAGCGCCGAGUCGCCAUACUCCCAGAGCUCGGAGCUGAGCCUGACCGGGGCCAGCCGCAGCGAGACACCCCAGAACAGCCCUCUGCCCUCCUCCCCGAUCGUGCCCCUGUCGAAGCCCACCAAGCCCUCGGUUCCCCCGCUGACCCCCGAGCAAUACGAGAUCUACAUGUACCAGGAGGUGGAUACCAUCGAGCUCACCCGGCAGGUGAAAGAGAAGCUGGCCAAGAACGGCAUUUGUCAAAGGAUCUUUGGGGAGAAGGUGCUGGGCCUGUCCCAGGGCAGUGUCAGCGACAUGCUGUCCCGGCCGAAGCCAUGGAGCAAGCUGACCCAGAAAGGCCGCGAGCCCUUCAUCCGGAUGCAGCUCUGGCUGAAUGGCGAGCUGGGCCAGGGCGUCCUGCCUGUGCAAGGGCAGCAGCCAGGGCCAGUCCUCCACUCAGUGACGUCGCUACAGGACCCCCUGCAGCAGGGCUGUGUGAGCUCAGAUGCCCAGAGAGGAGAGGCAGUUUGCCCCUAGUCACGGAGGAGGUGG